AUGAAGCGCAAGGCCUCUCCUCGGGACAGCGCGGAAGACAUCUCAGAGAUGCCUCUUCCUCCAUGGAAGAAGAUCAGAGUGCCGGGUGAUGAGAUCACGCUCCCUAUCUAUGAAGACAGCAAGCCAUUUGAGCCUUUUCCCGAGGAAAUUGUGCUUCUGACAGAGGAAAUCGUGAAAGAUCUCGAUCCUCAGAGUUCUCCCCCAGCUUCUCCAAUGCAUUCUGAAGACGAAUCAGAGGAAGCUUCGCAUCAUGUUGAAUGUAACGAGGACCUUGCCAACACUGUUGGUCUUGAGGAGGCUAUUGACCACCGCGAAGAUGAAGAGGCAGUUCAAACAAACGCUACUGCUCUGUGUGACGAUGGAGGGAAGGUGUAG